AGUGAAGAGAACGCCAGAACUGCUGUCCUUUUUCUUGUUACUACAGGCAGACUCAGAUUAAGUCUGAGGUCGGUAACAUCAACAGUGAGGACAAACCCAACCUGCCUCUCCUUCCACACGGAGUCCAAACCUACAGUCACUGGGUCCUGAUUGUGACAGUAGAGCCCAGUUUGUGCUGCAGGAUCCAGAGAUGGCAUCAGUGAAGCUGGAAGACUGCAGUCAAACACUGAAGCUGAAUGUCAUCAUUAAAGAUGAAGAAGAGGAGGAGAAGAUUGGAGACCAUGUUGAGACAUUCUCUACAUCCAGAGGGCAACAGCAGGAAGGUCACAGAGCUAAGAGGUCUCACCACUGCCCACAUUGUGAGGAGAUAUUCCCAAUUCUAUCAAAGCUAAAAAAACACCUUAAAAUACACACAGGAGAGAAUCUGUAUCCCUGUACUGACUGUGGGAAGAGAUUCACGACAUCAAGGUCUCUGACAGUUCAUCAGAGAAUACACACAGGAGAGAAGCCUUACUCCUGCUCUGACUGCGGAAAGAGUUUCUCUCGAAUGGGCAACUUAAAAACACAUGAACGUAUACAUACAGGAGUGAAACCUUACCCCUGCUCUGUCUGUGGAAUGUGUUUCUCUAGACUAGGUGACUUAAAAACACAUGAACGUAUACAUACUGGAGUGAAGCCUUACUCCUGCUCUGAUUGUGACAAGAGUUUCUCUCGACUGGGCCACUUAAAAACACAUGAACGUAUACAUACAGGAGUGAAACCUUACUUCUGCUCUGACUGUGGAAAUAGUUUCUCUCGACUGGGAAACUUAAAAACACAUAAACGUAUACAUACAGGAGUGAAGCCUUACUCCUGCUCGUACUGUGGAAAGAGUUUCUCCCGACUGGGUGACUUAAAAACACAUGAACGAAUACAUACAGGAGUGAAUUCUUACUCCUGCUCUGAAUGUGGAAAGAGUUUCACUCGACUGGGCCACUUAAAAACACAUAAACGUAUACAUACAGGAGUGAAGCCUUACUCCUGCUCUGACUGUGGAAAGAGUUUCUCUCGACUGGAAAACUUAAGAAGACAUGAACGUAUACAUACAGGAGAAAAGCCUUACUCCUGCUCUGAAUGUGGAAAAUGCUUCACAACAUCAACUGACCUAAAAGUUCAUCAGAGAACACACACAGGAGAGAAGCCUUACUCCUGCUCUGAAUGUGGAAAAUGCUUCACAACAUCAACUGACCUAAAAGUUCAUCAGAGAACACACACAGGAGAGAAGCCUUACCACUAAUCUGAUUUACAGCUGAGCUAAAAGGGUCAUCGAGGAACACACACAGAAGAGAAGCCUUACUUCUGCUCUUAAUGUAGCAAGAGUUUCUCCAGAUUGGGCAAUGAAAAGACACAAAAACCGAUACACCCUUGAGAGAAGCCUUAUCACUGCACUGACAGUGAGAGGAGAUUCUACAGAUUGGGCCAUUUAAAGACACCAUUGUAUACAUAAAGGAGAGAGUCCUUGUCAGUUCUCUCAGACCAGCUGAGAUUAGUCACUCAAUCACUUAAUUUUAAUUUCAUAAAAUAAUUGUCAACACUCUAUUGCAAUCCUAUUGUUUCUCACUGUGAGAGAACUGUGCAGAGGAAAGGGAGCGUUCUAGAAUGUUAGCCUUUCUUUACUUUACUGAUCAGUGUGCUCAGGUUGUGUGUUUUGUUAGCUUCUACUGCUUCUACUGUAAAGAUACUGAGAUCUUGGAUUUGCCCUUAGGGUUGAAUGUCCACUGUGAGGCGUCUCACUAUAGCGUCUGAUGGUUGACUGGGUGGUACUGCUUCCCUCUACAGUUUUCUGUGAGAAUGAGCUGGUAGACACAACAUACACUGGGUGUACAAAACAUUAAGGACACCUGCUCUUUCCAUGACAGACUGACCAGGUGAACCCAGGUGGGCUAAGGAAUGAAAACACUGGACACCGGAAAAUUGGAAACCUAUUGCCUGGUCUGAUGAAUCCCUGUUCCUGCUGUUUCAUACUGAUGGGAGGACUGGGGUAUGGAGGAAACCACGAGUACAUACAUCCAGUGGUGGAAAAAGUACCUAACUGUCAUACUUGAGUGAAAGUUAUGAUACCUUAUUUAAAUAAUUUUUACUUAAGUACUUUACACCACUACAUGCUUCCAUACUGUGUGUCAGCAUUACAGGCUGGUGGUGUGAUGGUUGGGGUGUGUUUUCAGGGCACACAUUGGGCCCCUUGAUAAAAGAUGAACGAUGUUUGAAUGCUACAGGAUAUCUAAAGAAUAUCAGGUGCCUCUCUUCACUGCAGCAGUGUAUCCAUCUGCAAAUAGAUUUCUUCAGCAGGAUUACGCCACAAGGCUGUUCCAGGAAUGGUUCCAAGAACAUGACAGUGAAUUCAGUUUACUGCAGUGGCCUGACGAGUCACCAGAUCUCAAUCCAGUUGUUCAUCUGUGGGAGGAGAUAGAACAAGCUAUUCGGAGUAGAGAUCCACUCCCAGCCAACUUGACACAAUUGUGGGAUGCAUUGGAGUCAACAUGGGCCAUCAUCCCUGUGGAACGCUCUCAACUCCUUGGACAGUCUAUGGCCUGGUGAACUGAGGCUGUUCUGAGGACAAAGGGGGGUUCCUAAUGUUUGUGCACUCAGUGUAUAUCAGAUAAUUAUGGUGUAAUCAGUUUUUAGCUUUAGUUUGGGUGGAUUAUUUUAUAUUACUAAACAACUUUUGUUUAAUGAUUAACAGGCUAUGAAUUAACGACUUGUGUUUAUGAAAUUGACUACUUGUGUUUAAUACUAGAUGUAUUAUUUUUGUCAUUGAGGAUGAAUGUAUUUGAAUAACUGUAUUGAAGAUAAUUGAUCUGGCGGCAGGUAGCCUAGCGGUUAAGAGUGUUGGGCCAGUAACUGAAAAGUUGAUGGUUUGAAUCCCGAGCCGACUAGGUGAAAAAUCUGUCAUUGUGCCCUUGAGCAAGCCAAUUAACUAUUAUUUAUCCUGUAAGUCUCUCUGGAUAAAAACAUCUGCUAAAUGACAAAAAUGUAAUGAAAAAUAAUGUUUGUACAUGAAUUCUUUUUUUCUCAUGUGUAUAAUAAAAUAAAAUGUUUUUGGUGAAAUACAACAUUACUGCUUUGUUUAUCCUGGCCAGAUGGACAUGACCAUAGUAAACUAGAGCAGCUAA